AUGGAUAUAGGACAAUGGUCACCUGCAAGCAGGCUAAGCUACAAUUUAAUAGAUGCAAUUUCUCGUUGCACUGUUCAGGUGUAUCCAAAGUCAUGGACUGCACUAUACAUGCCAUUGGACAAUGUAGGAAUGUGGAAUGUGAGGUCUGAGAAUUGGGCUAGACAGUAUUUGGGCCAGCAAUUUUAUCUUAGAGUCUAUUCCUCGGCAAAUUCAUGGAGAGAUGAGUACCCAAUUCCACUCAAUGCACUUCACUGUGGCAAGGUGGUGGGACUCUAAAAUUAGGAUUUAUGUUUAAUUAGGGUAAUUCAUUUUUUAUAUUUAAUGAUAA